AUGGCUGCAGCACCUGCGGCAUCUACCGGCUCAUUUGCUCGCCGGCUCGGCUUCUUUGCCGUCACGUUCGUCCCUCCGGCCAUUCUCUUCAACGACUAUGUCGCCUCGGUCGCGACCGUCAAGGGCCGCUCGAUGCAGCCGACAUUCAACCCCGACUCGAAUGGCGUCUUCCAGGACAUUGUUCUGCUCGACCGGUGGUCCAUCACCAACCACCGAUACCGCCGUGGCGACGUUGUGUUCUUCACCGCUCCACACAACCCCGACAUGAUCUUGAUCAAGCGCAUCAUCGCACUCGAGGGCGACACUGUGCGGCCGCGGCCCAAGUAUGUGUCCGCCAACUUGCCGCCGAUGCCCAUCAACCCUGUCAAGAUUCCCAAGGGCCACUGCUGGCUCGAGGGCGACGAGUCGUUCCACGGCAUCGACAGCAACAACUUUGGCCCGGUGCCGCUGGGACUGGUGACCUCGCGGGUGUCGUUUGUGCUGUGGCCGCUCGAUAGGUUUGGUCUGGUGCGAUCGCGCAUGCCGUCUGGGCGGCUGCUGGAGGAGCGAUAG